AGGAGUCCUAACAUGAGAGUGAGUGGAGUAGAGAGAAAAAGUGUGAAGAAGAGAACAGUUGGUGAGCAGCGGGAGAGGGCGGGCUUAAAGGAAAGAAACCUUACAGGAGACUCCGCAUAAACUGUACGCAAAAUAAACACAACACAAUACGGGAUUUAUUAUCGGACUUUCACCAUUUACAUCGCUGGCUGUCGACAAUCGCAUCCGAGCGGGAAUGGAUCUACCUGCCGUCGGCGAACACGUCUUCGCUGUGGAGGGAAUCGAGAAGAAGCGCAUACGGAGGGGAAGAAUCGAGUACCUGGUGAAAUGGAGAGGAUGGUCCCCAAAGUAUAACACGUGGGAACCAGAGGAAAACAUUCUUGAUCCGAGGCUUCUGGUGGCAUUUCAAAACAGGGAGAGACAGGAGCAGCUGUUAGGAUAUCGGAAACGAGGACCAAAGCCAAAACAUCUGUUAGUCCAGCUCCCUGCGUUUGCCAGACGAUCUAGCAUUCUCGCCAACUUCCAGGAUUCAUCCCAAGAUGAGGAAAACCAAAUCAAGCUGGACUCCCUUCCCAUGCACCGUUCCCAGCCUCAGCAGUAUCAGCUGAACAGCAAGAAGCACCACCAUUACCUGCCCAACAGUCAGGAGGUAUCACCAGAGCCACACGUACAUGGCAAAAAGAAAUACUUCUACCAGCUCAACAGCAAAAAACAUCAUCAUUACCAACCGGACCCUAAGAUGUAUGACGUGCAGUUUGCAAAGGUGAAAGACACAAAACCUCAGGGCCCUCCCAGUCAGAGCUGGAACCUACCCCCAUCCUUGCAGCAGAAGUGGGUCAGGGACAAAGACACUGGCUGCCUGAGCAAAGUGAAAGAUCUCAUCGUGGAACCAAAGAAACCGUCUGCCAACACGAGCCCACCAGAGCAACAGCCCAACACGAGCCCGAAAGAAGGCAGCCUUCCCACCGCCGUCAGCAGCAAGAUGAAGAUAAUCAAGAACAAGAACAAGAACGGCAGGAUCAUUAUUGUCAUGAGCAAGUACAUGGACAGCAACGUGUCGUCGACGGACUUGGCCAACGGAGACACUUUAAGGUCUCCUCGCCAGGGCGGAGAACCUGAGGACAGUGGCACGGACCACUCCCCAGAGCAGGCCAAGGUCGCGAGCCACCAGGACGACGGCGCGGCAGAGAAGGACUCUAGAGGUCGCUCUCUGGAUUGUAAAAAAGAAAGGUCCUUCAAAGAGCACAGAAUGCAAAAAGAGAGAAACACGGAUGAGGAGCACUGUAGAAUGGACACGUUGGAGGGUCAGUGUAAUGCCAAAGCCAAUCAACCCUUACAGCUUACUAAUAAAACAAGCCCUGUGUCGAGUGCCCCAGCUGAGGUAAGCAGAUGUCAUUCAGUCCCAAAUGAACGGAAGCGGACCUUGUUGGAGCCUGUAGAGUAUGGGUCGGACAGUAAAAGGCUUCUGUGCACAAGGAGCACAAGUGCCCCCAGUACAGUAUCUUCCCCAUACCAGAGCGAACCCAUGAACCUACACCUUGGUGACCAGUGUACUGGGAGUGGUUACAGUGCGUUUGCAGACGCCAACCCUGACGAACCCAUUGAUCUGAGCUUCUGGAAGUCUCCGAAACAGGCAGAGCCCACUGCGGGGGCUCCUACCUCUGACCAACAGUCAGCGGAGACUUCAAAGAGGCCAGAGGAACCCGAGAGCCAUUUCAAACAGUUUCAGGGCAACAUUGUCAUCACUGAUAUCACAACAAACUGCCUUACGGUGACCUUUAAGGAAUAUGUCUCCAUCUGAUCUGAGAGCCAUAGAGAGAAGGCACCACUGGGAACUUGUAGAUAUGUAAAUGACAUGUAAAAAAAAGAUAUUCAUAUGUAUGUACAAUCUAUAAUGUAUAAACAUUAUGUUGCUGCUAGCUGCAGAACCAGAGGAGUGUCCUCAUUUUGAGUGUUUUAUAAGUUUGUAUAUGAAUGUUAGAACAUGUACUUAAAGCUGCAUUGCUAAAGAUUGUUUGGGAUUCAAAGCACCUAAUUAUGACAAUUAUGGUUGAAGCCAGAGAGCUACAUGGUAUUUUAAGGCUCGCUGAAAAAAGCACUUAUGUACUCAAGCUUACAAAGAACGUGGUAAUUAACAGUGCCCGUUGAAGAAAUAUGUUUGCACGAUUUAAAGAGAUCGUUUUUUUUUUAUUAUUGGGGGAGAAAUUUUGCAAAGCUAUUUUCUUGGUUAAAAUGCAAUGGAUUGGAGAUGCUGAUGAGCUAAUACACCGAAUAAUUAGCAGACAACUUAUUUUAUUGUGGUGUUCAUGUUUGGGGCAACAUUUGUCAUACACUCGUAUGUUUCGCAGGCUCAACACAGUUGCCUGCCAUUCCCGUCAUAUGAUUUUUUUUUCAUUUUUUUUUUUCAUGUGAUUCUUGAUAAGGCAUGUAGAAACUGGAUGGAGUGUAGUACUUGCAAAUUGUCUUCAUGGGUUAACAAGCUUGUUAGAUAUUCAGAAACCAGUAAAGCACAUAAGGUUUGAGGUUAUUGCUUUGUUAUACUGGUGUUCAUCUGUCUGCCUCCCAGAGUUGUUAACAAAUAGAUUUGUAUGAUCUGGUCAGGCCACAUACUUACCAAACACAAGAGGAGGAAUGGCCAAAUAUAAAAUACAAAAUUAUAAUCCCUUAGCACAAACUAUUAUAAAAUGGCUGCUAGAACGGAUGUAUCAAUAGUUCUUUUUAGGUCUUUCAGUAUGGCAGAAUGUAGUCUAUGGCAACAUCAGAUAAUGCCUAUUGGACACGUUUACAACAGAGUAAGCUUCAAUGUCUGUGGAAUGGUCAAAAGUAUAAGUAAUGUUGACUGUUAGGCUAUUUAACUAUAUUUUCAGUUCAAAGCUAGCCUCGUGCUCAUAUAUAGGUAACUGAAUAUUCAGCUAAGAAUUUCUAUCCUAUGCACAAUUUUGUAUUUGUUAUACAAUUUGUUAAAGAGCAGACAUGUAUGUGUACAUUAAAAGCAUUUCAAAGAAA